CGAAGCAUCCCAAAUUGAGAUCGGUGACUACAUACCUCUCUUCACCUCUCACACCACCAUCAGAAAGGUUUGCUUCAUUGGUGAUGACAAACAAUUGCCACCCUAUGGUCAGGAUGAUAUCCAGGCCCUCAAGAGCAUCUUCGAGGUCAAGCAUCUCAAGGACCGUGCCAUUUUCCUGGAUAUCCAAUGAUGCCGCCUCAAAUUGGACAGUUCAUAUCUGAAGCUGUCUACGAUGGCCUGCUCGACUCGAAUCCGCAACAUACUGUCACGAACGAGAGGAUGGCUUGUCAUUUCAUCAACAUUCCCAGCCAGGAACAGUCACAUGGAACUAGUUGGAAGAACCUUGAGGAGUGCCAAACCAUUCUCCACAUUUCUGCUAUGCUGCAAGCAAAGAAUAAGCAAUUUAGGAUCAUCACCCCCUACGACGCUCAGCGGAGUUUGAUCGAGGAGCGUUUGAAGCUCAAUGAGCUUGAAUGGGAAGAUAAAUGUUUCAACGUUGAUUCGUUUCAAGGUAACGAGGAAGACUAUAUCGUAAUCUCGCUCGUGCGGUCCACGGUGCUCGGAUUCCUCGCCGACUUGCGCCGGACUAAUGUCAUGCUUACUCGAUGCAAGAAAGGCAUGAUCAUCUGCACCAGCCAGAAAUUCAUGAAGCGGGCAGGGUGUGAGUCACUCGUGGGCAGCUUGUUGGAGUAUUAUGAACACGAGUGGAUCGAAAAGAACGACUUGGAGAAGAUUGUGUUGUAGGUGGGCCCGCGAAGGUGCUAGUUGUUGACGGCCUCAACCAGAAUUUACUUUCG